AUGACUUGCAGUUGUGCUUGGAGUAUUUCUUAUCUCCCAACAAUGACGGACACCGACGCUGCCGCUGUGCGUAUGCAUGUAAAUGGAUGUCUGAUACGCUACGGUCAUAUUAUACCACUCGUCACCAUGUUUGUCUGCAUUGUGUUGGCGGGAACAAUAACGAUUGUGCGGGAAGUGCGGUUCGAACGCUCAGUUACGAAUAGUACUCACAACAAUACUAACAAUCGUACUAUAACACGACCAAAAGAAACAGAAACAAACACUAGGACGGCAACAGUAUCAACAACAACAACAGGAACAAACACUGGUACAGCAACAGUAUCAGAAACAAGAUCAGAAACAAACACUAGGACGGCAACGGCAUCAGCAACAGCAUCAGCGACAUCAUCAACAAGAUCAGGAACAAACACUAGGACGGCAACAGUAUCAGCAUCAACAUUAGGAAUAAACACUGGUACAGCAACAGCAUCAGCAACAAACACCAGGUCAAUAGGAACAGGAACAGGAAGAAACACCAAAUCAGAAACGGUAACGGCAACAGUUACACCUACAACAACAGAAACGAAUAUUAUAACCCGUGGAGAUGAAAACCAAGACAUGCCAACGCGUACUGUAACGCAGACAAUAAAUGAUCCAAAAAUGUCCAGGUGA